ACAAGCAGCAGGGAGAGCUGUGUGAGGCUUCUCAUGGGGGAGAGAUGAGGUGGCUGCCCAGACACUUCAUUUCGGUGCUCUGGCAGUAUUUUCUGAGCCACAUUUACUGGAUUUUCCUGCUGGUGCAGGGGGAUCUGUGAGCUGCAGCUUCCUGGCAGGAUUCUGGGAACAGCACCAAAACCCCCAACAGGCAGUGAGCAGGUUUUGUGCUCUGAGUCAGAAGCAGGCUGAGAAGAUGCAGCCUUCAAAGCGUGUAUCCAAGGAGGGGAAGGGGAUCUGUGCGAGGAGGAUAUUUCCAGUGUGAGGCUCAGAGCCUGGGGGAACCUCUCCUGCCAACACUCGGCUUCUGAUGAACAGAGCAAGAGUCUUCCCCAAGGAGCAUCUUCAGCAGAAACCAAAUAGUGACUGGAUUAACUGGCUCUCAUUCAGAGGGAACUUGGCAGAUCUCUACAUCACAUCAUAAAGAUUUCCUAGGUCCAGAAGCUGCAGAAGAGACAACUGAGCAGCAGAAAAAUGUGACUCUGAGAAGAGACUUCAAGCCUUCUGAUGAUGAAUUUUCUACUGAUCAGUUCUAAUUUAAAUAUAUAACUGAAGCAUGCAUAAAAAUUAACCUGAUAGGGAAAAAUACCUUCUCAUUAAUUAGAACUGCCAAAAAAAAAAAAAAAAAAAAAAAGAAAGCAGUCACCUGAAGCUUCAAAAUGAGUGCUCCACUAAUUCCAAACAAGUCAUGUUAUUCCCAGCUUCAGGACAACCGCAGUGAAAUAAGAAAUAAUAAUGAAAGCAUCGUGAAUGUUGGGGAUACCAAUGCCAACCAAAUUGUAACAAAAGUUGGAACCACUGACGGGAAUGUUAAGAAACAUGAUUUGACAGAUGAGAGUGGGAAUAUAUACUCUGGAGGAACAGAGAAAGUGACUCAUCUGCCUGCAGAGCAGAAUAAAUUUCUGACCUUCAAAGGCUCUCAAACCUGUCACACCAGUGCACAGGAAAGUAAGCUGCCUUCCACCACAAGCAGGGAAACGGGGAAAGAUUGUAGGACCAGCGACUCUAAGGAUAUAUCAAGGCAUAUCAGGAUUAGCCGAGGACAAAGUCUGUCCAAUUUAAAAAGUAGCACAAAUGAUACCAGCCUGGAGGUUGUCUCCAAAGGUGAUAUUGACUUCACCCAGAACUUUCCUAAGGGAAAAAUGUCCAGGACUGUGGAGGUGGAGAGAAUAAAAAGGCUUUCUUUGGGAAGACCGAGUAAAUUUUCUCCUCAGCCCGAAACCUUUGCAAAAGAUGGCGUUGGCCGCGUGUCAUGCAAACGUCUGCUUUCUGCAUCAUUGGACUCCAUUGACAGGUCUCACCACUUGGUAGGAAGUACAGAGAAAUCCCAAAAAACAUCCACGGAUCAUUUUCUUGGGAUGGUGUUUUGUCCACUUGACAAUACCUCAGAGGAAAAUACUGUAUUUUAUUCCAAACCAUCUACCUCAGGGAACAAGAAAACAAGUAAACCAGAAAAUGUACCAAAUGUUAACAUUGAAAGCACACUGCAUACUUCUCAUUCUCAACAUUCAGCUGUUAAGCUCAAUGAAGUUGCUAGUAAAUCAGAAGCACAAUUAGGUCAGGGUGAUAAAAGUAAAAAACUGGAGCUUAGGACUGCACCAUCUCUACAAUAUAAAAAUACAUGUCCACAAAAGACAGAGAGAAUUAUGCUGGUAGAGUUCCUGGGGUGUCCAAAGGCUGAAAAUACAGCAGUGCAGGAACAGAAAAGCUCUGGGUCUGACAUGUCAAAAUUUCAAGUAUCCCAUUUUCAAGACACUUGUAAUAGAGUAGAGGACCCAUUGUCAAGCCACAUAGUAACUCAUCCUGAUGAUAAAUUGCAAAAUGAUAACAUCACCAUCAGUGGGGAAGGGAGAGGAAGCAAUGACAGUGACAACAGGGCAACCAGCCAGGUUGGUGAGGAAUAUUUUACUGAUGAGGAAAUGGAGACAAUAUUUCCACUCACUUGUGAUAACAAAUGCAGCAUCAAAGUGACACCGAGAAAAAACAAAAAUUUGCAUGAAGUUGACACAGGUUGUGCUGAAACAGUUGGUGAACAGAUAUCUCCUUUACAUGAUAUUAAUCCACCUGACAGCAAUCCCUUGAAAGUUAAUGAGAAUAAACUGAUGCUAGUCAAAGAAGGCACCGAGGAUGCUGUUGUGCCUGCUUCUGAUCCUUCAGAUAAUCACAGAGCGCACAGUGCAGAGACAGUGUCAAGCCAACAACCUGACAGUCACAGCAGUGAUGUGGAAACCUCAAAUGUUGCAGUUCCAAGUAAAGAUAUGGCUAAUGUACAGAAACAUCCUCCAGAGGAAGCACCAGCAAGCUGUAACAUUCCACCGAAGGCUGAUGUCUUUUUAUGUGUCCCAACUCCUGUGAGCCCGGUGCCAACGCCAGAUGUUAAUGGUCAGCCCACGCUAUCAAACACUAAUUUGAAGGAACUUUAUGCACUUCACGAUGACAAAUUGUCACCCUCCUCAGUCCUACCUCCCAUUGACAGCACACAGUUGUUAAACAUAUCCCCUAAAGUGCCUAUCAAGACUGCUUGCAGCAGCGCCAUCCCAAAACCUAUCCUGGUCCACCCCAAGGGCUCCCUCACGGAUAAGGCCAGUGUGGACAGCGACUGCAGUGAAAAGCUGGAAGAAGGCGUAGAGAUGAAACCUGCCAUCCCCCGGCCCAAACCUGUGAGACCUAAAAUCAUCACGUACAUUAGGAGAAGCCCUCGCUCCAUGGAGCAGCUGGACCCUUUGUUCGCGCCGGCAGGGCUGCCCUUCGAUGGCGCCGCGUGCAGCGUGCCCAUCCCUGCCGAGCAGAAGGCGCCCCACGCAGGGGAGGCGAAGCCCACCAGCAUCCUGUACGACAAAUUCAAACCUGACCUCCAGAAGCCAAGACUCUUUGGUUCUGGACUAGUAGUGUCAGGAAUUAGGCCCCCGGGUCAUCACUUUGGUCCGAUGAGCGAGAAGUUUCUGCAGGAGGUUGGGGAAAGGCCUGCAAAGGAUGAAUAUUGUCCUGCACCAUACACUCACUAUGAGGUACCACCAAGCUUUUAUCGAUCUGCCAUGAUCCUGAAGCCACAGUUAGGACUGGGUGCCGUGUCCAGGUUGCCAUCUGCCAAGAGCAGGAUUCUCAUUGCAAGUCAAAGAUCCUCAGGGAGUUGUCUCCACCAGCAAGGAGAAAUAACGAGUGCUCCCAGCCUCUACCAUCCUGAUGCUUCAGUUGAUCUUAAGAAAGGAUCAUGUCCAAGUGCUGCAAAAUCAAAUCUCCCCAAGCCCUGCCCAUCUGGACUUCGUCCGCCAGGUUAUUCCCGGUUGCCAGCAGCUAAGCUUGCUGCAUUUGGUUUUGUCAGGAGCUCAAGUGUGUCCUCUGUCUCCAGCAACCAGUCAAACGACAGCGCUCAGAGCGACCAGAGCAGGACAACUAACCGUUCCAGCUUUGGAAAUGAAGAGCAGAGCACCCCCAGGGCAUCUGCACCUCCUAAGGAUGUUCCCAAGGGAAGCAGCAAAAGCACAACGCAGGUAUCGAGCAGCACAGCGACUCCCCGCAGGAGCUUACUGCCAGCACCAAAAACUGCCCCAGCACCUGCUGGUGUGAAGAAAGAAGUACAAAAAGAUCAGGAUUCUAGCAGACCAGCUGUCUCAUCCCCUAAGAAAUCAGCAGUAACAACCACAAAACUCCAUUCACCAGGACAUCCCAAGCAAAGGCCAGCCACCCCAAAGAAUGGAUUCUCCCCCAAACCAGGAGAGGGGCGAGACACUGAAAAGCAGUUCAUUCAGAAACUGAAGGAGAAGUGUGAUGAGCAGUCCCGGCAAUUAAUCAAUAUCCAAGAUGAGCUGAAAAGGGCCAGUUGUGGCUUCGAUGUCUUUGCUAUAACAACACAGUACUUUUUCAGGCAGAAUGAAAAUGCCCUCGUGAAAAUAAAGGAGUUAGGAGUCGAGCUUGCAAAGAUCAGGGAGGAAGUUGACCUCAACACAGCAAGAUGGAAGAAGCUGCUGAGCGAGAAGGAGGAGCUGGAGAGGCGCUUCGAGGAGGAGGGGAAGCAGCUCCGCAGGCAGCAGCAGCAGGAGAUGCAGGCGCUGGAGCAGCGGCUGCAGGAGGAGUACAACACCAAGAAGGAGAGCCUGCAGGAGCAGCACAGGCUGCAGCUGGAACAAGCUAAAUUGCAGCACCAGGACCAGGUGGAAGAUCUCACAGCUGUACAUGAAGCUGCAAUGUCACAGCUGGAAAACAGCCACAUAGUGGCCAUUACAGUACUGCAGGAUGAGAAUGACUGCAAGAUUCAAGAACUGAAUACUGCUCACAAACUGGAAAAGGCACAACUAGAGGAGACUUUUGAGAAGCUGCGUCUGUCACUGCAGGACCAGAUAGACACCCUUACCUUCCAGAAUCAAUCUCUUAAGGCCAAAGCAGACCGGUUUGAAGAGGCUCUGAAGAAAAACACUGAGGAACAGCUGAAGAUUGUGCGAGCUCCGUAUCUACACUUAGAAAAAGAUUUGAAGAGCUUAAAACAUGUUCUGGAAAUGAAGAACCUCCAGAUUCACCAACAGGAGAAGAUGAUUAUGGAGCUAGAAAAACAGGUUGAAAAAAAUUUAAAACUGGAAGAAAAAAUCACCAUGCUGCAACAGCAGAACGAAGAACUCAGAGCCAGGAUUGAGCAAAAUACUGUCAUAACAAGGCAACUGUCAGAGGAGAAUGCAAAUCUUCAAGAGUACGUUGAGAAAGAAGUGGAGGAGAAGAAGAAGCUCAGCAGGACUAACGAGGAGCUCCUCUGGAAGCUGCAGGAGGGAGAUGCCGUGAGCCCCGUCAAACUCCCACCUGCACCAUCCACUCCUUUUUAUCGCUGCUCAUCAGGGAACUCCUCUCCAGCUAAAGUCAGAACCUUGAGGCGAUGAGUCGGCAGCUGUCUGCCGAAGGUUCCCUGCCUUUUGUGCAUUUCCAAUCUGCAGCUUGUUACCAUCCAAGGAAGUACUACCAUCAACAGGCGCCCAGGGUUCAUGGCUGCAAGCAUGUUCAGCAGCUGCAUAGCUUUACACUAGGCAGGGUACUCUUACAGUGCCCACAUGGAAACUCUUGGUUCUGACAUGUUGAUUAGGGUAGCAAAAAAGAUAGCCAAGAACUAGAACAGCAGAAAGUUAGGAUAGCAAAAGGUUUAGUUUGAUGUGUGAAUAUUUUAACUAUGGUUAGGGCCAAAAGUUGGGAAAUGCUCUAUUAAUGGUUCAUCAGAAUGAACUUUUGCUGCAGUAUUUCAGGUUAGUUACAAAUAUAGUUCAAGUUGUGAAUAUUUCUGUAUUUAUAUGUGUCUGUGUUUAUAUACAUGUACGUAUUGUACCUUUAUACCUAUAUAUAGAUGCACACACAUAUAUAUGUAGUUGCAGAUGUUCUGAAUUACAUUUUUUAUAUCAUUGGAUACUACUAAGUGCUGAUAUAUUUUCAUUACAGUCAGCAGUUUUCUAACUCGUGCCUAAGACUUGUAUCUAAACAAAAUGCAUUUCUGUUUAGCCUCCCAGGAAUAUUUUUACCCAACCUAGAAGAAAGUUACACAGAAGUAGAAGCGCCUUCCAAGUGACCACCAAGUGGUACUCUAUAUAACAUGAACACCAGCGAAUCUGAAAUUCUAAGACAGUACUGCCUUUGAAACUCUCACCUUUGCAUUGAACACCAGAAAAGAUACGCAUACCAUCCACUGCUUUUUAACUCUUAGCACUGAUACUGUAAGAUAGGCUAGAGAUGAGAAAACUGAGAGUUUUAGAAAAUUUGGUAGAGGUUGCUGGUUAACACGGUUCAAUUUUAGUGUCUUUGUUUCAAUCCUAGUCCAAUCUUACCUUGUUUUACCUUGUUGUGGUUAGGAUGCAAUCAAAAAUCUCUGGCUGUAGGUUUCUGUCCAUUUUGUUUUAUUUCGAGUCCCAGAAGCAAGAAAGAGAAAAUAAGUUGCUUAUCCUUGACCUUUGCUGAUGAGAGUUUUCCAGUAGUAAGAUGAGAUACUGGGCAUCUGCUAGGACUCUAGCUUCCUUCCACCUCAAAUGCCAAAUAGAGCAUAGCCAACUUCAUAGGUGCAGAUAAGGUCAGAAUUUCUUUUCUUCCACAUUAUUUCACAUUGCUACAGCUUACCCAGAGUUACAGAGCACUUUGAAGAUUCAUGGAAAUGAGUGGUUAAACUACCUGUAACUUUCCCAUCUAGAAGCAAAAAUGCUCACCCAGCUUUGAGAUGACCUCCCACCCAAGAGGAUGGUGAGGCCAAGGAGUAGUUGGGGUGAGACUGUCUGCAGGGCCCUCCUGGGCAUUGCUAACAAGAUAAAAAUACCCCUGAGCAUAAUUUUUAAAACAAAGAGAUGUGUGGGAUGCUUUCCUACCCAGCUUAGGGCAAAGAUCCUGCAUGCAGUCCUGCUCUGUGCACCGGGGUCAAAGUCAGCAGGGCGACAGUACGUGGAGGAAAUCCCUGAGGUGCAGGAGUGCUGCAGGGAAGGUGGCUUUCUCACCAGGGUGGCAUUGCAUAGCCCUGCCAUCCUGCUCGAGUGAGAGCUGUGCUUCAGCUUUCCUGGGAAAUACUCAGGAUUCACAGACUGCAGCUUAGAUACAGCUUCAACCACCAUCAACACACCUGUGGCCUGUUCCACAGUGUUAAAAAGAAAGAUGAUUUUUUUUUCUCCUUUUUAGAGAAAUUUAUUUUUGUAGCAGCUUUUGCAUGGUACUGUGAUACUGAGUAAAUUGAGCAUCUUGUUAGAAUAGGUUAUGCCACACCAGCUACUACUGUUGAAAUGCAUUGCUAGAUUUUAGUGGGUCCAACAAGUACAACCUGAAAGAUACUCAGCACGCACAUGCACACAAAGCCCAUUCUUGCCAAGUAUGACUUUAAUCAUUUUGAUACUUGCUAACUGCACAGCUAUUUGCAACACCUACAGCAUUCCCAUCUUUCAUUCCACCAAUAUAAUUCUGAUACAGUGAGAUCACAGACUCAUACGGUGAUUUGGGUUAGAAGGGAACUUUAGACUAUCUAGUCCAGCCCCCACUGCCAAGGACAGGGACACUUUUCACCAGGUUACUCAGAGCUUCAUCCAACCUGGCCUUGAACACUUUCAGGAAUGGGGUAUCCACAACUUCUCUGGGCAACCUGUUCCAGUAUCCUACCACUCUCACUACAGAAAUUCUCUUCUUUAUGUCCAGUUUAAACCUAUCCUCUUUCAGUUUAAAACUGUGGUUCCUUGUCCUAUCACUACAGGCCCUGGUAGAAAGUCUCUCUCCAUUUUUCUUAUAGGCUCUCUUGAGAUUCUGGAAGGCUGCUAAAAGAUCUCCCCUGAGUCUUCCCUUCUCCAGGCUCAGCAAUUCCCAGUGUCUCAGCCUGUCUCCAUAGAAGAGGUGCUCCAUCCCUGUAAGAUUUUUGUGGCCCUCCUGUAGACCCACUCCAAGAUGUCCACGUCCUUCUUACCCCCCAGGACUGGAUGCAGCACUCUAGGUUGGGUCUCAUAAGAGUAGAGUAGAAGGGUAGAAUCCCCUCCCUUGCCCUGCUGGCCACACUGCUUUGGAUGCAGCUGAGGAAUACAAUUGACUUUCUGGGCUUUGAGCACCCUUUGUUGGUUCAUGUCCAGCCUCUCAUCCACCAGUAUUCCCAAGUCCUUCUCAGCAGGGCUGUUCUCAAUCUCUUUAUCCCCCAGCCUGGAUUCAUACCACAGCUUGUCCCCACUAGGUGCAGGACCUUGCACUUGGUUUUGUUGAACCUGAUGAUGUUCACGUGGCCCCACUUCUCAAGCCUGUCCAGAUCCCCCUGGAUGGCAUCCCCUCCUUGCAGUGUACCAACUAAACCACUCACCUUGGUGUCAAUCCACAGACUUGCUGUGGAUGCACCUGAUCCCACUGUCUGUGUCAUUUAAGACAUCGCACAGUAUCAGUCCCAAUACUGACCCCUGAGGGCACCACUUCUUACUGAUUGCCAUUUGGACAUUGAGCUGUUCUGGAUGCAACCAUCCAGCCAAUUCCAUAUCCAGCUUCCAUCCAUCAAAGCCGUAUCUCUAGGUUAGGAUGCUAUGUGGGACUAUGUCAAAGGCCUUGCAGAGUCCAGGUAGAUGACAUCAGCUGCUCAUCCCCCACUCACCAACACAGUCACACCAUUGCAGAAGACCAUCAGAUUAGUCAGAGUGGAUUGUUGGUAGUUUCUAGCCUUCUCCUUUUUACCCUUUGUAAAAAUGGUUGAGAUCAUACAACUGGAGUUGUUAGCUUGAUGCUACUCAAAACUUUAAGCGCACUAAAGUAUAUUAUUGGCCCAAGACAGGCUGCCUGAACCUGUUGUAAUUGAUUCAUCUUCCCCUUUUAUAUCUGGUGCUUUCCUUAUCACUUUGUUAGUUUAAAGUCAUAUUCAAGAGAUGCUUCCAGCAGUGAAUUGGGAGUGGGGCUUUUAUGGUGGGAAAACUGGGACUGAACCCAGCUCCAACAUAAUUUGGUAUCAUUGCCAAUCCCUUCCCCAUCUAAUUUUUGCCUCCCAUUCCUGUCUCUCACUGGAUUCUUCCUUGGCACGCCCUCUGGGGCCUGCCCAAUCCCUAGCAAAGCUGCAGGAAAUUCUGCCUAGCCAGAGGGACCCAGCAACCUGUCCCUGUGGGGGCUGUGAAGAGUGGCUCCUUCUGGUGCAAGCCAAAAACACAGACUUUUUUUCCCAAAAGAAAGUUAUUCCUUUUUUAUACUUUUCCUCUGUCCUGACUUUCUUCACCUCUGCAUGUUGCAGUAGGUGUGAAAGAAAGGCCCAGGUUGCUCAGACAGUGGGAGGAAGGGAGCAGCCCCUGAACGGGGCAGCCAUUCCCAGAAAAUUAAGAUCCCAAGGUGCAUGGCCAAGCUAGUAAGCCCUGCUCUUGCCAGGGAGCUGCAACCAUGCAAGGUGAGCUUGGCAUUCCCAGUGGGGUAGGGGCCGUAGCUCUAGUCCAUGCUCCUUGGCCAUCUCUAUUCAAAGACAAGCAAGGGGAAGUGUUUGCUUUUGCAGGGCUGGAAACUUCCCGAACACCACUGCCACUGUGGGGACUUUCCCAUUUGGAAAUAGGAUGGCCUUUGGCAGGAGAGGGAAUGUAGCCAGCACCAAGCAGAAAGGGUUUUAUCACCUCUGUCUUUAAGGAAGCUGUUUGAUUUUGUUAAUCUUUACUCAAUGCAGAAGGGUGUAGCAGCAAUAAAAUGAGCCUACAGCUGCUCCCAAGGGGUUCCAGAGAUGGGCACUGGGAGCAGGUAUUAGCCAUGGGAUGGCAGGAGAGCCAUCAGCGAGCAGGGGGCGUGGAAAAUUCCUUUUUUAUUGUGGGAAGGUACUAUUUGGCCCUACUGGGAUUGCACCUCCAGUGACUGCUGGCACAGACAGGUUGAUUCAGUUGAUGCACCGCAGCAAAGGCUUGUGGUGGUGGCAGGCAGGGGAGGAAAGGAAAAACUGUCAAGUGCAAAAUCAGGUAUUUUGUCUCUGCACUGAUGGUGGUUGUGUCCCAUGGACACUCUGAGGAGCCUCUGUACAGUUUCCCAUGCAGCAGGAGUUCUGUGAUUCCGUUUAUUAUGUGGCUAAUGAUUACAGGAAGAGUUUGUAUUAUUUCAAUUAUGAUGUACAGAUAAGUGUAAUAUAUUCCUGAUAAUAAAUCCAUGCGCCAGUGCGCCUAUGGGCUGACGCACACA